CUCCCAAGUCUUUACUUCCAUUUCGCCUCUUUUUAUCUUAUUAUAUAUAUACAGAGACGAGAGAGAAAAUCCAUAUACACACACACAUAUUUAUAUGGACAAGAGGGUAUCAUGCCAUAUAAUUAUAGCUUAAUUCGUUGUCACCGCGUAAGUGAGGCAGGUGCGAUACGGACGGAGGAAACAGAGUGUUGCAGAAGGAAGACGGUGAUGAGAAACAAGGCGGAGAAGCGAAAGCAAGAUGAAUCGAGAAAGAAACCGUACAGAGGGAUUAGGAUGAGGAAGUGGGGCAAGUGGGUGGCGGAGAUCAGAGAACCCAACAAGAGGUCGAGGCUAUGGUUGGGUUCCUACACCACACCAGUGGCUGCCGCUCGCGCAUACGACACCGCCGUUUUCUAUCUCAGAGGCCCUUCUGCUCGCCUCAACUUCCCCGAAUUGUUAUCGCAAGACGACGACGACGACCACCGCCUCGACGUCCAGGGCCACAUGUCCCCCGAUUCCAUACGCAAGAAGGCCACCGAAGUCGGAGCCAGAGUCGACGCUCUCCAAGCCGCUCUUGAACACACCAAAUCCCAUCUCCAAACCACCUCCGACAAACCCGACCUGAAUGAGUUCCCCAGACCCGAAGAUCUUGCAGUCGAGGAUUACAAUUAGAUCACUAUAUAUUUACACUGAUUUCAAGCCCCCCGGGUCACUUAAUUUUCCCAUGUUUUACUUUAUGUUUCCUCUCGGAUAAUUAUCUUGUGAUGUCGUCUGUGUUGAAUCUAAGUUCUAGCGUCUCGGCUUCUUCCACUUAAUUUGUGAAGAAGGGAUAUAGUUAGCUUGAUCUAGAUGGCAGAAGUACCAGGUCGGUGUGGAAUCAAUCAUGUUCUUUGUAUCGGAUCAGAGGAGGCCGUGUGGUUUUUGUCAGCUUGAACAUUGAACAAAAACGUUGUGGGUCGGUGAGUUUAUAAGCCAGUAUAGAUAGUGGUCAAAGUGAACCACGUUGUUUAAUUAUUGAAGCAACUUUUUUCACUGAUCAAUUGAGAACCGAGCAUUUAUUUAUAAA